AUGUCGUCGUUCCGACUCGCCGUCUUGGAGUGUGACACUCCAGUUCCCAACGUCGAAAAGGAACGGGGCUCAUACGGCGCCAUAUUCGAGAGCCUGCUUUCAAAGGGCCUUGUCCAAGGGGCAAAGAAUGUCGACUUCUGCCUACCAAGGUACGAUGUCGUCCAGCAUCAGAAAUACCCUGAACUAGGGGAAGUCGACGGCAUUCUCAUCACCGGAAGCAAGCACACGGCCUUCGCCGACGACGCCUGGAUCGUCUCGCUGGUCGAGUACAUCCGCAAGGUGCUGAGCACCUCCAACACCCCCGUCGUGGGCAUCUGCUUCGGCCACCAAGUCAUCGGCCGCGCGCUGGGAGCCAAGACGGGCGUCGCACGCGGCGGGUGGGAAAUCUCAGUCGAAAAGAUCGAGCUCAGCCCCGACGGGCGGAAGCUAUUCGGCGCUUCGUCCCUGAACUUGCACCAGAUGCACCGUGAUGAGGUUGCCUCUGUGCCCGAGGGCCUCGUUUGUCUCGGCAGCAGUCCGCGGUGUCCUGUGCAGGGCUUGUACAAGCCCAAGUCUGUCCUGUCGCUGCAGGCGCACCCCGAGUUUGACGGCUUCAUCAUGGAGCAGACUCUGCGCACGCGGCAUGACCAGAAGAUAUUUGGUGACGAAACGUUUGACGAGGUUAUGAGGAGGUCGGACAAUCCGCAUGAUGGGACCAUGGUUGCCGUCAAGAUUUGGGAUUUCUUCUUGGAUGCUAUCGCUUGA